AUGAGUUGCCAACCUUUUACUUCGGCUGAUACCUUUAUGCCUCUGAAUUCCGAGUCUUCUGCAACUCUGCCUCUGAUCAUGCAUCACAGUGCGGCCGAGUGCCUCCCUGUCUCCAACCACGCCACCAACGUGAUGUCCACAGUCCCGUCUAUUUUGUCUUUGAUCCAAACUCCUAAAUAUUUGCGCACAUAUUUCUCGGUGACAACAUUGGGAAACACAGCAACGGGACUUCAUUAUUCUGUUCCUUCCUGUCACUAUGGAAACCAGUCAUCAACCUAUGGAGUGAUGGCAGGUAGCUUAGCCCCUUGUCUUUAUAAGUUUCCUGACCACACUUUGGGUCAUGGCUUUCCCCCCAUGCACCAGCCUCUCCUGGCAGAGGACCCCGCAGCUGCUGACUUCAAACAGGAACUCCGGCGGAAAAGUAAAUUGGUUGAAGAGCCAAUAGACAUGGAUUCUCCAGAAAUCCGAGAACUUGAAAAGUUUGCCAAUGAAUUUAAAGUGAGAAGAAUUAAGCUAGGAUACACCCAAACCAACGUCGGGGAAGCCCUGGCGGCCGUGCACGGCUCUGAAUUCAGUCAGACAACUAUCUGCCGAUUUGAAAACCUGCAGCUCAGCUUUAAAAACGCAUGCAAACUGAAAGCAAUCCUAUCCAAAUGGCUGGAGGAAGCGGAACAAAUGGGAGCUUUGUACAAUGAAAAAGUGGGAGUAAAUGAAAGGAAAAGGAAACGGAGAACGACUAUAAGUAUUGCUGCUAAAGAUGCUCUGGAGAGACACUUUGGAGAACAGAAUAAACCUUCCUCUCAGGAGAUCAUGCGGAUGGCUGAAGAACUCAAUCUGGAGAAAGAAGUAGUAAGAGUUUGGUUUUGCAACCGAAGACAGAGAGAAAAACGGGUGAAAACAAGUCUGAAUCAGAGUUUAUUUACUAUUUCUAAGGAGCACCUUGAAUGCAGAUAA